CUUUUACCACCAGGAGUCUCCCUUUGGUCUUAAUGCUUCUAAAGAAAGAGUUUCACAGUUUCACUCUUGCACAACUGUAUGAGUAAGAUAAUAACGCACUCUGAGGUACUUUAAAAUUAUUUACUAUUCAACAAUUGACCCAAUCUAGAUUAUCACAAUUUGAGUUUGUGCACAAAUAGUGAGAAACAUAUGCUGACACAGUUGCAAUGCUUUCAUUUCAAUUUCUAAUAAAAGUGAGGUAGACCGUACUCUUAAAAAACUAUAGGCACAUUCAAGCCAACGCAUUCAAAAAGUAGGGAAGUGAAUGCUGUCCGGGCUUGUGUUAAACACACGUGUGUGAAAAAGGAGGAAAGUGAUCCAAAAUUGUAGCUCCGUCAUCGUCAGACAGGUGGAGUCCGGUAAUAAAUCCCUUCCAGAUUACACUUUGCACCCGAGUGCCAGACAGAACACACUCACAUACCUGACAUAAGGCCUCCAGCUGCAUAAUACAUUUAGAUUUUAGAAAGGUCUAGAGUCAAGUGAGGAAAAAAAGGUCAAAGCUGUACAUAGUGUUCUAUUAAAAGUUUUCCGAUGGGUCUUAAAAGGGAUGGGACAUAUUUAAGGGAAGAAAGAUUUGCGAGUUAUAUCUAAAUAAGCAAUGGUGAUGCCGGAAACUGAAUGGCUAACGUGAGGCACGGCUGAUCACCCGAUGGGAAACCUCUCUGGAAUUAGCCGAUUAGCGACAUGUCCAAAGGAGCGGUCCCGCCAAGUGUCCUUACUUGCUUGACCCUGUUCAAGCCCAAGAAAUCCUGCACUAAUCCACCACCCUCCCCACCCCCGAGCAGGCAAUCCGACGGGUGACAUGUCCUGUAAUGAGAUCCUCAGCCUGUUACAUCCUAUGGACUUUGAAAUCCUUUUUCAUUGUUCUCCGUUGGUUUGUUUUUUGGGGGAAUAAUCCUCCCUCAGGUUCUCAAUGAAUCCGGAUGUCUUUUUUCAUGGUCUUUUCUCAUUGUGAGAACUGUUGGUGCGUUCGCUGACACCAUGCGUCCUCUUCUCUGUGUGCAAGUAUUUGUAUGCUGCCUCAGUAUGGCUCGUCCCUUCUGUCCCUCCCAGUGCACCUGUGUCUUCCAUGGACGCACCGAUGGAACAGGAACCAGAUCAGUGCUCUGCAAUGAUCCAGACAUGUCUGACGUCCCCGUCAACGUCCCGGUGGAUACAGUCAAACUCCGUAUUGAGAAGACCAUGGUGCGGCGAAUCCCAACAGAAGCUUUUUACUACCUGGUGGACCUCCGGUAUCUGUGGAUUACUUACAAUUCCAUCAGCUCAGUGGACACUGCAAGUUUCUACAACCUCAAAGUGCUCCAUGAGCUGAGGCUGGACGGGAAUAUGAUCUCCGUCUUCCCUUGGGAGUCGCUGAAAGAGAUGCCCAGGCUGAAGACACUGGAUCUACACAACAACAGAAUCACAAACGUUCCCAACGAGGCGAUACCUUUCCUCCUCAACAUCACCUACUUGGAUCUGUCCAGCAACAAAUUGACCACCCUGCCCUCGGAUCUCAUGGAUAUCUGGCCGCCCUUCAACGGAGCACCGAUGUCUCAUAAUGUCUCCCAAAAAGUUGUGUUAGGCCUGCAGGAUAACCCCUGGUUCUGUGACUGCAAAAUCUCCAAGCUGAUCGAGCUCUCCAAAAUGUCGGGCACACCUGUGGUUUUGAUGGACCAGUUCAUGGUCUGCAGUGCACCGGAGAAUCUCUCCGGCGUACUUUUUCAGCGUGCUGAACUUGACAAUUGUGUGAAGCCAUCAGUCAUGACUUCGGCUACCAAGAUCACGUCUCCUUUAGGCAGCAAUGUCCUCUUGCGCUGUGAUGCCGCGGGGUUUCCAACACCAACUCUUUAUUGGGAUAAAUCCGAUGGCUCUCUGGUCAACAACACAGUCCAGGAGUCACCUGGAGAUGGCGUCAGAUGGUCCAUCAUGAGCUUGCAUGGAAUAUUACAUAAAGACGCCGGAAACUACAGUUGCAAAGCAAAGAAUGUUGCUGGAAACGCAGAAGCCGCCAUUUCCAUCUCGGUCGCGGGUGCCCUAAGCACCACCAUCCUUCCACUGCGGCCCACCGUCGAGCCCGGAUCGACCAGCCAAGGCCCGACGUUCACUCCCUCAACAGACACCUCCAACUCGCUCGUCACCACCUCGACAGUUCUCCCAAAAACGUCAACAGCUGUGGUCACCAAGAAGCCCAAAACCACAACCAGCACCAGUCUACAGAAAGGCCCGUUGAAACAAGCAAAAGCCCAGCAAGGAGCCGGUGGGAGAAAGCUCGCAGCAGAUGAAAAGAGCAAGAAAGGCGACGCAUCAAAGUCCGUCAAAGACCUUAAGAUUGUGGAGGAAACCGUUGACACUGCAGUGUUGCUGUGGAGAGCAGAUGGGUUACCGAAUGAUGCCGCACUGACGGUGGUGUACUCUCCCUAUGAUGAGGAUGACAGCAAAAGGACGAUGGAGACUAAUGCUGGCAGUGGAAAAGUGCUCCUGGAGGGGCUUUCAUCUGGGAUAAGGUACUCAGUUUGCCUCGUUGCAAAAGGUGGUGCUGCGGGAAAAGAUCCCUGCGUUGACUUCUACACGUUGGACAAUGUACAGGAUGGCGGGCAGAGCCGGCUUUUCAAUAUCGUAAGCGGCAUUGCUUGUGCUUUGGUUUUGUCUCUCAUUGCGCUGUUGCUCUAUAAGAUUAUCCACCUGUACUGCAAGGGAAGCGGCACAGCUCUAGACGAAGAGGAGCUUGAAAAAGACAGCUAUGUCAAGUUUGAGACGAUUUCAAUGAAGCAAAGGACGUUGAACUCUCAUCCAACUGAGUUUUGGGUGAGAAGAGCAACUACUGAAUCAGAGCGAAUGCUCCUGUGCUCCAGGUCAAGUAUUGACUCUCAGAUGACCUAUAAGAGUGACAGUUCCCGCUGUGAGUAUCUCUGCUGACGCCAGGAAUCCAUGGCCACUGGCCAAACACCAUGCUAGUAAGUCGUUUUAAUACAUACAUAUGCCUUUAAGACACCCUCAAGUACCCCAAUGGCACCCAAGGCGGGUAAUAUAUUAUUGCGUGUCGGCUACAACGUCAACUUUUCUGUUUGAAAAUGCUCCAAACACAACUGCAACAAGCCCUGAAAGAGUUACAAAAUAUCCUCUGCAAAUUUGAACGUGUUAAUCGGCCAAUCACAGCCUGAAAUCGAGAUUUCACCCCAUGACGUGAGGCCUGUACCAAAGCCUCUCUGGUUGUUCUGCUUCACUCUAUCAAAGUAAAACCUUCCACAAAUACUGUCCACACAUUGUGCUAUGACUUAGAUGAGUUACAAGCCUGGUAUCUCCAUGUCUUAUAGGAAUGGAUACCCUGUAAGUGAUUUUAUUUAUUUUUUUAUUCAGGCAACUCUGGAUUUUUUUUUCUGUGUGCCAUCUUCAUGUAUUUCUUAACCAGUGACAUGUAUACUGAUAUUUUUCCAGAUAGAAAAAUAGUUCCAGAGAAAUAACCCUUUUGCAUCAGUUUUUAGCCCCAAAACAGCCUCUGGGUUUAUGAAAUAAUUCAUACAUCUUUAUUCAAAUCUAUGUGUUUCACACAGUGGGGCUGUGAAGAAAUCAUUUUCUGUAUUAAACAGCAUUUUCCAUCAACUAUUGAUCUGUAGUCAAUAUAGAAUUCGGUCAGUCCAAAAGACAUUCCCUUAUUUAUUACGGAGCCUUAUAUUUGAUUAGGAUGCAUUGGAUGCUUGUCACUACAGAACUGCAUGCAUGUUGGACUUGUUUAACAUUUUAAAAGUACAAACAGUCUGUCACAGCUGUGUGUGGCCUUUUAUGCUGUACUCUAUGCCAAAGUUUAAGUGUCAGAUAGGAUAUCAUGUGGUGUUUUCAAAGAAGGCCGAUUAUCCAUUUCCCCCCACGUCUACAACAAUGCUGUUACUUUAGGAAAUCAAGCUGAUUGUUGCCUUAAUGGACCAAAAGGAUAUUCCGUGUGUUUUAUAGGAUAUGUGUUUUGUGUGAUAAACAUUGCCAGUUUCUAUGACUUUAUGUAAACAUUUGUCUAUGAAUGAUGUUGUGGUUUUGUUUUGAAUAAAGUGAACAAAAAUGGUUAAAUUA